ACAAAACAGAGGCCUGACAGAUAUGGUGAUACAGUAUUUCCAGCAAUGCUUUGGUUAUGCACUAAAGCAGAAUAAGGAUGAUGAAGAAGGUGAGCAAAAUGGUCUGAAGUCUAUCGUGCCCCAUGCUUAUGGUGACCAUUCUUCCUGUGGCAACUGGUGUGGCUACUUAAAAAAUCCUGCAUCCUACAAACACAGAGGCCUUCCCCAUGGCAAGGAUCUGAUGAACAAAAGCUUGAGGCAGUCCCUGGAAAAGAUCAUAGAAGCUUUUAUGAAGACACAACUAUCUCCAGGUUCCAAUUCCUUAAAGUUUGCAAAGAAAAUGGACAAGAAAAUUCUAAGUUUGAAAGAGAAACAGAAAACAUGAGAGUACAAGAAGAAAAGAAUUGAGAAGAAAGAGAAGUGGUUGAAAAAGAGAAAAGAGCUUGAGAACAGAGAAGGACAACAGUAUAGUUCUGGAAUGGGCUUUGAUGGACACAAUGUUGCUCAGGAAAUUCCAGCACUCCCUGCAGCCUCAAUGAUUGAGAGAGUAUUAUUAAUAAAAGACUACCAUCAAAUUAUAUUUAAUUUGGAAACAUCUGGAAGGGGUAAUUAGCUUUGCAGGGUGGAGUUUGACGAAAAAGUAACGAAGUGAAUAUAACCAUGUUUGUCUUAGCAGGGUAUUUCUGAAUUGCAUAUUAGAGAAUAAUUUAUUUAAUCGUGGAAAUGUUGUUCUAUUCUGCUAGAUUGCUGAAUACUGAUCCUGCUAAUUUGCAUCACAUAGAUUCCUUUGUUUUAUCAUGCCUUGCUCUUAAAGCCAAGUAUAGGUGAGAUGCAAAUUAGCAGGACAGGUAUUCAGAAAUCACUCCUUCUAUUUUUAUUUUAGAUAUACCCCACAUAGAUGCACUAAGCUUUUUUAUUACAUUUUUCUUUGUAAUAUCUUUGUAAAGUAAUAAUUGGAUUACAAUAUCUUAAAACUGGUAAUGAUGCUGAAAUCCUAGAAAUUGCAGCAACAGAUGGUAAAGAUGAGUUCUCUUAUUAUAUCAAGCCUUGUAAUGUAAUAUCACCAGAAGCAUCUGCUGUGAACAA